ACGGUUAAAUAUUUGUUUAUAAGCUUUUCCAACAGAAUAAAAAAAAAGUUAGGGAAUGCCGAAAUAUUAUUGCGACUACUGUGACACAUACUUAACCCACGAUUCCCCGUCGGUGCGAAAAACACAUUGUACAGGACGAAAGCAUCGCGACAACGUUAAAUUUUAUUACCAAAAAUGGAUGGAGGAACAAGCGCAACAUUUAAUCGAUGCCACUACAGCCGCAUUUAAAGCUGGUAAAAUUACUCAGAAUCCGUUUACCAGUGGGGUUCCACCAAAACCUGGAGUAGCAAUACCCCCAAAUAUGGCAGCACCACCAAGGCCUGGUAUAAUACCUCCUCCGGGGUUGUCGGGAGCGCCAGGAAUGCCACCAGGAAUGAUGAUGCCAGGAGCUAUGCCGCCGCCUAUGAUGAGCAUGAGACCACCUCCUCCGAUCAUGGGACCUAUGGGGCCUAUGAUGGGUCCGCCACCACCAUUAGGCACCUUGGCAGGUGUCCGGCCGCCUACUAUUAUUAACGGCCCGCCUCCAAAAUAGCAAUAAAUAAAAAAUGUUAACAAGUAUACAUAGUUAAAAAGUAUUUGAUUAUUAGUUUAAAAUCUUUUCAGUGGAAAAAAAACUUAUUUCAAAGAUAUAAAAGUAGCAAAAUUUCUUAGUAAAAAGGAAAAAAAGGAGCGAAGCACACUGGACACGGAUCUAUUGUUAACAUUUGUUUUC